UCACGCAUAUUAUGUUGCAGCUAUGUACUUUCGAUUUUACUUUCGAUUUCAGUGCCCGACUUUGUUGCAAAAAUCUUAUGGACUAGAGGAAUUUAGUGCGGGCAAAAUUAAACCACUCUUUGGUAAGACUGUCUGUCUCAAUGAAGAAAACGACAUCGAAAGGACCAUGAAAACUCCAUUAUAAACGCGAAAUGAAGGCUCAAAUAUCUUCCAAGGCGUCCACUUGAGUAGGUACACAACUUGAGCACUUUCUCUUUCAUGCCUUGAUGCAAAAUCUGAUGCAGCUAGUCUAAGUUAGUGCUCGUAAAGACCAUUCUUUAUUAAGACUAUCUGUCGCAAUGUAGAAACGACAUCGAAAGGACCAUGAAAACUCCAUUCCACGCGAAACGAAGGUUCAAACAUCUUCCAAAGCGUUCACUUGAGUACACGACAACAAAUAUCAGGAUUUAGUAGACAAUCCACCUAGUUCCAAAAGUAGAGGUAUGGCUGACAUUAUUAGAUACCCGCAAUGUAAAGAGAACAACAAGUUGUUUCGCUUAUUUUUUUUCACCAAAUGAAAGUAAAACAGUAUACACGAUGUCGACCGAGUUAUCACAUCAACCUGAUCAAAAACGAUCACGAACUCGUAUUUUGGAUGCUGUUCGGCCAGGCAAUCAAGAACAUGUCGAGACGUUAAUCACGUGUGGUGCUGGUGUUAAUAAUAGCGAAGAAACUGGCAAAACUGCUUUGUUUCAUGCUAUAACGAAAGAAAAUGAAAAAAUGGUAGAAAAAUUAAUCCAGUGUGGUGCUGAAAUCAAUGCUACUAAUAAAGAUGGCAGGACUCCUUUGUUUUAUGCUGUAAAGAAAGAAAAUGAAAAAAUAGUGGAAGAACUAAUCCAACGUGGUGCUGACAUCAAUGCUACGGAUAAAGAUGGGAAAACUCCUUUGUUUUAUGCUGUAAAGAAAGGAAAUGAAAAAAUAGUGGAAAAACUAAUCCAACGUGGUGCUGAUAUCAAUGCUACCGAUGAAGAUGGGAAAACUCCUUUGUUUUAUGCCGUGCGGAAACAAAAAGAAAAAAUAGUAGAAAAAUUAAUCGAUUCUGGUGCUGAUAUCAAAAGAAACGAUAAUAAUGGUAGAACUGUUUUCUAUUAUGCUGUAGUGAAAGAAUGUAAAGAAAUAGUUGAAAAAUUAAUAAAGAAUGGUGCUGAUAUCACGGAAACCAUAGCAAAUGCCAGAACGGCAUUGUUUUAUGCCGUAGAAAAAGAAAAUGAAAAAAUGGUCGAAAAACUAUUCGAGUGUGGGGCUGAUGUCAAUGAGGUUGAUGAAGAUGGCAAAACUGCUUUGUUUUAUGCUGUAGAAAAAGAAAAUGAAAAAAUGGUCAAAAAAUUAAUUGAGUGUGGUGCUGAAAUCAAUGCUACUGAUAAAGAUGGCAAAACUCCUUUGUUUUAUGCCGUGGGGAAACAAAACGAAAAAAUGGUUUACGAAUUACUCAAGAGUGGUGCUGAUGUCAACGAUACCGAUGAAGAUGGGAGAACUCCUUUGUUCUAUGCCGUAUGGAAUGAACAUUUAGAAAUAGUGGCAAAAUUAGUCAAAUAUGGUGCAAAAACCAAAAUCUCCAAUAAAGAAGGCGAAACUGCUUUGUUUUAUGCUGUAAAAAAAGGAAAUGAAGAAAUGGUGGAAAUGUUGAUUAACUUUGGUAGUGAUGUCAACGCAUGUGCUAAAAAUGGCGCAACUAUAUUGUUUUGUGCUGCACAGGAAGAAAAUGAAAAAAUGGUUGGAAAAUUAAUCCAGUGGGGUGCUGAUAUCAAUAUUACUGAUGAAGAUGGCAAAACUGCUUUGUUUUAUGCUGUAAUUGAAAAAAAAGAAAACAUUGUGGAAAAACUAAUCGGGUGUAGUGCUCAAGUCAAUGCAUCCGAUAUAUAUGGCAGAACAGCUCUGUUUUAUGCUGUAAACCUAAACGAUGAAGAAAUGGUCGAAAAAUUAUUCAAGAGUGGUGCUGAUAUUAAUGCUACCGACGUUCAUGGCGUAACUGCUUUGUUYUAUGCUGUAGAGACAGGAAAUGAAGACAUGCUGGAAAAAUUGAUCGAAUGUGGUGCUGAGAUCGAUGCAAACGAUAACAAAGGCAAAACUGCUUUGACGGAUAAAGACGGCAAAACUGCUUUGUUUUAUGCUGUAGAUAAAGAAAAUGAAAAAAUGGUCGAAAAAUUGAUUGAGUGUGGUGCUGAUGUCCAUGCUACGGAUAAAGAUGGGAAAACUGCUUUAUUUUAUGCUGUAGAAAGAGCAACUGAAAACAUUGUAGAAAAAUUAAUCGAGUGUGGUGCUGAUAUCAACGCUAAAGAUAACGAAGGCAUACCUGUUUUGUUUCAUGCUGUAUGGAAAGAAAAUGAAAGAAUGCUCCAAAAAUUAAUCAAGAGUGGUGUGAAUAUCAAUACAACUGACAAAAAAGGCAGAACUGCUUUAUUUUAUGCCGUAGAGAAAGAAAAUGAAAAAACCGUCGAAAAAUUAAUCGAAUUUGAUGCUGAUAUCGAUGCUACGGAUAAAGAUGGCAAAACUGCUUUGUUUUAUGUUGUAGAAAAAAAAAAUGAAAAAAUGGUCGAUAAAUUAAUCGCGUGUGGUACUGAUAUACACGCAAACGACAAAAAAGGCAGAACGGUUUUCUUUUAUGCUGUAAAAAAAGGAACUGCAAAAAUUGCGAAAAAACUAAUCGAGUGUGGUGCUGAUGUCAAUGCUACCAAUGAAAAUGGCAAAACUGCUUUGUUUUAUGCUGUACAGAAAGAAAAUGCAAAAAUGGUAGAAAAUCUAAUUCGAUUUGGUGCGGAUGUCAACAUAACUGAUAAUGAGGGKAAAACUGCUUUGUUUUUUUUAAUCAGUCAUGAUGAAGCCUGUCUCAUGGCACGCAUGCUGAUAGAGGAUGGAGGUGCUCAAGUGGAUGUGAGAGAURGUUAUGGCAGAACGCCACUGUUCUACGCUAUGACACAAUCACUUUCCCUUGCGAAGUAUUUGCUUGACAAAGGAGCCACUUUACAUCUCAAUGAGAAUUGCAGUGUUUUGACAUUUUUUAUCGAGAAAUGCAUCUUCUGUUCAUCAGAAAAAACUCCAAACAUACACGAUGGACUCAAAUUCCUGACUGACCGCAAAAACGUAGAAAGAGACAUGAUUUUUGAGGCUAUAGUGAGUGUUGCAUUCUGUAAAACAUUGUACUUCAAGCCUGGUUCUUGUGAUAUCGACGUGGGUUCUCUUUCUAAGCUAAURACGUUGGCAAAGGAAUAUGCUUCAAACAAUAUUUUUCAAGUCCUGUUUCCYGUGGGAAAACGCAAAACUAUAAUUGAGAUCUCCACCAUGAUCCAUGAAGAAAGCCACGAUAAACAACUGAUUGGGUCCGGAGCAGCAGYUGAAGUGAUUCGACGUCUUAUCAAAUUGGGUGCCAACCCUAACACCACAGAUUCAGAUGGMAACACYKSUCUUCACCAUGCAACUCAACUAGCAUUUYAUGGUGURACACRAGASUCUGUYAUGRAARUAUGYRAACWGCUMGRGAARYUWAAUGYAUYRUUCCACMUAACGAAUCAYCAARACSAAACGCCACUUUUAUAUUGYYUAWCCARKACMAUMGASAASAUKUCCAGAGAGGAAGAASCUUKKCCWGCURUYRWGACACAAGCAGCUGUCUGUCGWUUCYUGGUAGAACAUGGRUCSAGUGUUGAAGCAAAAACUGGRAGUGAAGAGUCUGUGUUACACUUAAYCAUAAAMCUUCUCCACCAUKGCUUCUUCAAACGUAAUUWUGAAYUGAGAAAAGRGAUUUCUGAGGUCGCCCUAGAGCUAGCGAAAGUAUUUCUAAAUGCAUACACGAGACAAGACGUUUKUCCCAAUGCGCAAGAUAAGGAUGGAAACACGGUACUUCACCUCUGGGCAAAGCUCSAAUUACCAMUGGAUGAAGACUAUWCGAGUYCUGUUACUGAAGUUUAUAGCKUCCAUGAACUUUUAAAAAYGAUUUUGGAUCAUUUUARAGAAAACAAAGCACUUCUACAUGUCAAAAAUGAAAAUGGGGAAACACCUCUACAUCUCUGUAGAACYUGGACUGCUGUUSAACUUUUGCUCGAYGCUGGAGCGAACCCUAACGAUGUGGAUUYAUCARGMCGUACACCCCUCCUUGCUGCAGCGACAAAUAACGAGUCUGUUUAUAAUCGAGGUUUAUUGUUUCCUGAUAUUUUGAUGGCUUCUGACACUGAGUUCUGGAGGACUGCCCUUAAGAAAGGCUUUAAUCCAUGGACUGCUGACAGACACGGUGAAUSUGUUYUGAGCGUACUCAUAACAUCCGAGUGCCAWRACCUUGCYAGAGCUCUCGUAGAUGUUGCUUGUGACRAGWAMAACACAGYUUAUCCCUUGGUGUUAUUUUCUCUUUUGACUACAAUUUGCAAAGACAAAUUACCUAAUGUACAUUGGAAAAAAGAUGYCGCUGAAAWGAUUCUGAGUUCSACUAAAUGCCCAGUGAAUGGAAAUGAUAAUGAAGAYUCYCCGCUUCAUUAUUGCUGCAGGAAUASCGUAGAAGUWUCAAAGGYKUUAYCUGWAGAUGAAAUCCAAACUACUGUCCACUGGAGKUUGGCAAAACUGCUACGGGYCCASGGAGCUGAUUAUAGAAURCCUGAUACAACAGGUAAGACUUGUUUAGAAAUAGCAGCMRAGUGUCCUGCGCUCAUAGAACUUUUAAAGGAGCCUAUAGAUCUUGAUAAAUUUCCAGWAAAAAWUAAGAACUGGAAAUCGGUUUCCAAAAGUCACGAACGCCAACUGCAAAAAGUGGCCAGGCAUCUUGAAAGUAAGCAGCUAGAGCCAUACUGGUACCACAAAGACCAUUUGGCAUGCGGGUCAUUUGGUGCUGUAUUUGCAGGAAUCAACGAGAAAGAUGGAAGAGAAGUGGCCAUCAAACGUAUUGAGAAGAUACGUAUGCAACGACCAGAAGACAAACGAGAAAUAACAAAUCUCACUGCGCUUGCAGAUUGCGAACAAACGUUUGAUAAGUAA